AUGGGCAGGAUUAAGAAGAAGGGCCAGGCCGGAGCGGCCAAGAACUAUGUCACCAGAAACCAGGCCAUCCGCAAGCUGCAGAUCAGCCUGCCCGACUUCCGCAAGCUCUGCAUCUGGAAGGGAAUCUACCCUCGCGAGCCGCGCAGCAAGAAGAAGGUUUCCAAGUCCUCGACCGCCUCGACGACCUUUUACUACGCAAAGGACAUCCAGUACCUCCUGCACGAGCCGCUUCUGCAGAAGUUCCGCGACCAGAAGGCCCUCGAGAAGAAGAUCUCGCGCGCUCUCGGCCGUGGAAACGUCGGCGACGCGAAGCGCUUGGAGAAGAACGCGGCCAGGCCCGAGGAGACAGGCAAGCCGAGACACACCCUCGACCACGUCAUCAGAGAGCGAUACCCGACCUUUGUCGACGCUGUGAGAGACCUCGACGACUGCCUGUCCAUGCUGUUCCUGUUCGCCAACCUGCCCUCGACCUCGUCCGUCCCCGCCAAGAUGAUUGCGCGCUGUGAGCGCCUGUGCCUCGAGUUCCAGCACUACCUGAUCGUCUCGCAGAGCGUCACCAAGUCUUUCCUCUCGAUCAAGGGCAUCUACUACCAGGCAAACAUUCACGGCGAGGACGUUUUGUGGCUGGUGCCUUACAAGUUCAACCAGAGGGUCGUUGGUGACGUCGACUUCCGCAUCAUGGGCACUUUCGUCGAGUUCUACAUGACGCUGUUGGGCUUCAUCAACUUCCGCCUGUACACGGCCCUCGGCCUCAAGUACCCGCCCAAGUUCGACCAGAACAAGGACAACCAGUCCGCCGAGCUCGCUGCCUUCACUCUCGAGGGCCAGAACCUGGCCGCGCUCGAGGACAAGAAGCAGACCAGCAACGGUGAGACCCAGCACAAGGUCGACCCCAAGACGCAGGCCGCGGUCGAUAAGGUUAUCAAGAAGCUCAAGGACUCGAACGCCGACGACGAGACCGCGACGGAGGAGCAGACCGAAUCCACAGAAGAACCCACCAACGACAUCGACAAGUUCGAGCCUGCCGCGCCCGGCGGCGACGUCCUCCUCCAGCCCGAGCACUCCAGCUCGGACAGGGCCAAGCUGUUCAGCAACUGCACAUUCUUCCUCUCCCGUGAGACGCCCAGACAACCGCUCGAGUUCCUCCUGCGGUCGUUCGGCUGCAAGCGCAUCGGUUGGGACGCCGUCCUCGGCGAGGGUGCCUUCACUACUGAUGAGCGCGAUCCUUCCAUCACCCACCAGAUCGUCGACCGUCCCCAGCUGUACGCGGCGAACAACGAGGGAGGCGAUGGCGAGGACAACCAGACGUCCCAGAAGCUGGCACCCAACCAGCGCAUUCCCGGCCGGACAUACGUCCAGCCCCAGUGGGUCUGGGACAGCGUCAAUGACGAGGAGCUGAAGCAGCCGGACCAGUACGCCCCCGGCGCGCAGCUCCCUCCCCAUCUCAGCCCCUUCGUCAGGCAGGUCCAGGGCGCAUACGACCCGACUGUGCCUCUCGAGGAGCAGGAGACGGAGGGCGAGGCACUUGCCGAGAGCGACGGCGAGAUGGACGUCGACGAGGCGGACGCCGGCGGCAUGGACGUUGCCGGUUCUGAGGACGACGACGAGGAGGAGGACGGCGAGGGAUCCGAUCUUGACGGCGUCUCUGCCGACGAGGAAGAGGCCAACGAGUCGGAAGACGACGAGGAGGCACAGCGCCAGCUCGAGCUUGAGGCCGAGCUCACGGGCGGCGCAGUCAAGCCGAAGGAGACCAAGCCCAAGACCAAGAAGGAGGCGGCGCGCAAGGCGCACGCCAAGAAGAUGGCCGAGGAGGCCGAGGACAUUGAGCGGGCCAAGGGCAUGCUCAGCAAGAAGAAGAGAAAGCUGUUUGAGCAGAUGCAGUACACUAAUAACAAGAAGAGCGCCGAGGACGAGAAGCUCCGUGCCAAGAGGAGGAGGCUGGAGAAGCAGCUCAACAAGAAGGCCAAGGCGUGA